AUGCGAAUUAGCACCAAGAGUGAGUACUAUCUGAUGCCGCCACUGUUCCACCUGGACCCCUAUGACUCCUGCAUCCAUCGGCCAGGAGGUGUCUACUGCUCUGUGGACAUCGACCUGGUCUCCGAUGAACCCAGUGAACUAUACUCUUAUAUCCAAGAAUAUUCUGCCGACACCAAAGUACAUUUCAAUCAUACGCAAUUAAAAUACGGCAUAUGCCUUACACAGACUUGUAGAGAAUUUUAUAAAGAAAAUACAUCAGGGGACCUAAAUAUAGUCCUUGAGGCAUGCUUGAACAAUACCCUUUGGAGAGACUACAAAUUAAAAGCUAGAGUAUCAAAUAAUGUCACAUGUAACAAAUUAGAUGAAAGUAUUCAAUUUGAUACGAGUGAUAUUAUAUUAGGUGUAGUAAUUGCGAUAUUAUUGAUACUGAACCUAAUCGGAAGCUUCGUAGCGUUCCAUAACGACGCUAAGGUCAAAUACAAAGGAUUCUUCGCGUGUUUCUCAAUAUCUCAUAACUGGCAGAAGCUGGUGGCGCCAGCCGGGGCGGGGCCCGAGCCGAGGCUCACCCGGCUGAAGGGAUUCUGCGGAUUCAGGGCUGUGACUAUGGCGCUAGUGAUCAUGACUCAUUCCAUGAUGCCCUUUGUGAAGGAUAUCGACAACCCGAUAUAUGUUGAGCAGAACUACAAGAACCCGCUGUUCCUGAUGUUCCUCAACGGUACGCUGGUGGUGCAGACGUUCUUUGUGAUGUCGGGCUUCCUGCUGGCGUACAACCUGCAGAUAUACAAAGAGACACACCGCGUCAGCUGGUCCCUGCUGCCUCAGAGUGCGCUCAACAGGUGGCUGAGAUUAAUACCUGUGUACGCUUUGGUGCUGGGUCUCACAGCAACAUGGCUGAGGCAUGCCGGCCACGGCCCGCUGUGGGAGUCGACGGCGGGAACGGAGAGCGCCGACUGCCGCAGCAACUGGUACCUCAACCUGCUGCUUGUCAGCAACUACUUCGACCACACGCACUGUAUGGUACAGACCUGGUAUGUGGCAGCGGAUUACCAGCUCCACCUGUUAGGGCUGGCGGUGUGCAUUACGAGGGGCCGCGCGCGGAGGGCCCUUUUGGUUCUACUGUUGAUAGUUGGUGUGCUGGCACCCGCUGUGCACACGUAUUUCCAGGAUUUGGACGCCGUCGUCAUGCUAUCACCCGAACGUGUACGCUACCUGUUCCAAGCUGACCCGACGUUUAACCACGCGUACAAGCGCGGCCACACCAACAUUGCCUCCUUCGUCAUCGGCAUGGUGGUAGGACUGGCCAUCUACCGUUGGCAGAAGACUGACUACAAGUUUCCAAGAAUUCUGAAACAGCAGUACAUCUACUGGGCCAUAUUUCCAGCUGGUGUCGCUCUGCUGAUGCUCGGCAGCAUCUUCUACCUGGACGGGCCGCGGUUGUCCAUCUACCUGCGCACCCCCUUCGCGGCGCUGGCGCGGCCUCUCUUCGGAGGGCUCAUCGGCUUUUAUAUCAUUGCUCUGGUGUUUAAAUUCGAAAAUGUAUACCGCCGCAUCCUGGAGUGGCGCGGCUGGGCGGUCCCGUCCCGGCUCACCUACAGCGCGUACAUCCUUCACAUGUCCAUCAUUAACCUUAUCAACAGCAGCCGGACGACGCUCGUACACGCCACCUUGUUCCUUGUGUUCGAGAUCCUAGUAAGCAACAUCAUCAUAUCAUUCGUGUUGGCGCUCCCACUGCACCUGCUGGUGGAGGCCCCGCUGGUGCAGGUCGUCAAGCUGGUCCUGUCUGGGCCUAGGAAGACUCCACCCAUAGACAAGCUCAAAAUCAACCAGGAGAAUCUUGUCAAAAAUGAAUUUACUGCUGUAUAGCCCGUGUUUUUAACAUAAACACAGAUUAAGGAAUAAUACUACGUGCAUAAGUCAAAAGUACAAUCAUAGAUGAACUAUGUAAGUACCCACACCUCGCCGAGCUUUCUGUUAGAUGAUGACCAGAUAAUGGUCGAGCCAACUUUGUCAGUGAAAACUGAAUUUAAGAUAAAUGAAUAACUCAUAAGUGCAAGUUGAAAAGAUGCUUCUAUGCUGUUCUGGGAGCAAAUAAAAAACAUAGAACACGUUCAGCUGCUUGUCUUCCCGGGCAUGUCGUAAAAUCCGACAGAGGGAUUGUGUCCUCUAACAUGGACUAAUGUUGUGGGUGAUAGGCUGAUCCCUUAUCACCAUAAGGUUCAUCAUAUCCAACUUACGACAUCGUAUCAACAGUGGCUGCAAGUUGUCUUUGAUUACUUGUGGCUCUGCUCACCCCAUUAGGGAUUACGGGCGUGAGUUUAUAUAUGUAUGUAUCAGGUGCAAAUCCGGUAAAGGGGUUCGAACCGGUGUCAAGCCGGUAUUACUACAGGAACACAGUGACUUCGUUGGGUUUUUCCCAAGGUUUUUUUUAUACUGGGCUCGCGUUAGAUAGGCUCACACGUCGCAAAUUUUAGCGAUGGACCGCGCGCGGCGUCAAUGCUACUUUGCCAUCCUCUUCACAGCCAAUCGCGUCGGUGUUAGUCAUUAUGGGUAAUGAUGUUUUAUAGAAUUGAUCUCCUAGAAAUUACGUUCCUAGUAGCUUCCUUUUCAAAACCGCACCGCAUAUUGGUAAUGACGAUUAGAGGCUUUCGUAUGGUCCUGUGAAAUACGCUCAACAAGUUAAUUUCUAUUCACUCAAGGUUGAACUUCAAUCCACCUUAUUAAUAACAAUACGAAGACUAAUACUAGGUUUAAAAUAUAGUCCGCGUCGCGUGUAGCAGAGAUAUUGCAUAAAAUACGUGGAUUUAUUCACGGCGGCGCUUUCUAUAAUUUAAACCUGGUAUUAUGUUAAAACUCUUCGCUUUGUAAUAAGGCAAAAUAUAUUUUUGGAAACACAGACUGCAGAAGAGAAUAGGAAUAUGGUAUAAUUAUAAGGGUAUUAUAGUUAAGUUAUACAAAUAAACACCACAUAAUUAUAUAAACAUUUGUAAAUAUUUUUUUUUAUUAAGAACCUUAAUUUUAUUACCUACUUAUAUUAUUUAUCUAAACAUAUUUGUUACAAUGUCAGUCAUUCAUGAAAUAACAAUAAAAUAUAUUUUAUGUUAUC